GAGGGCGGGGAGAGGUAACCAUUGCUAAGCAGAGGCAGUUCCUCGAAGAAAAACCUAGGAAAGGCUCUGGACUGGCGGGAAAUACUAAACUGAAAGGAAUCUCUACCCACUGCUGCAAUCAAUCCAGAUGCCUUCUUCAACUGCACCAGGCCAAGAAGAUGACCAAGAGGCCUGCAUUUUAAGAUUUUCUGACCUGGAUUUAAAAGAUAAAAGUCUUAUUAGUUCCAGCAAUACGCUCAAAGCAGAGUUAGAUGGCAGUACAAAGAAGAAAUACUCAUUUGCAAAGAAAAAGGCCUUUGCCCUUUUGGUCAAAACCAAACAAGUUCCUGCACCUUCUUAUGAAUGUAAAGAAAAAUGGUGGAAAUGCUGUCAGCAGCUAUUCAUGAACCAGACCAGUAUCCAUAGACAUGUGGCAACACAACAUGCUGAUGAAAUUUAUCACCAGACUGCUUUUAUUUUAAAGCAACUUGCUGCAACAUUGAGUACCUCAAAGAGUGUCACAUCUGCAAACAAAAAGAACCCACUAAAAGAGUAUCUCACUCAUAGCCACGAGGUGUCUGCUUGGCUGCCUGACACAAGCUGCUUUAGCCCUGAUGAACUGAAAAGUGGCCAGGGCAGUGAAGAAGGGGAGGUGCUACUUUAUUACUGCUACUGUGACCUAGAGGAUCCCCAAUGGAUCUGUGCCUGGCAGACAGCUCUGUGUCAGCACUUGCACCUCACAGGCAAGAUUCGAAUUGCUACUGAAGGAAUCAAUGGGACAGUUGGAGGAAGCAAGUUGGCCACCAGACUCUAUGUGGAAGCCAUGCUUUCUUAUCCAUUAUUUAAGGAUUAUCUUUGCAAGGAAGAUUUUAAGAUCAGCAGAGGAGGAGCUCACUGUUUUCCAGAAUUGCGUGUUGGUGUAUUUGAAGAAAUUGUGCCCAUGGGGAUCAGCCCCUAUAAGAUCUCCUACAAGAAGCCUGGAAUCCAUUUAUCCCCAGGUGAAUUUCAUAAAGAAGUAGAAAAAUUUUUAUCUCAGGCAGAUAAAGAACAAAGUGAUACUAUCCUACUGGACUGCAGGAACUUUUAUGAAAGCAAAAUAGGGCGAUUCCAGGGCUGCUUAGCCCCAGACAUCAGGAAAUUCAGUUAUUUUCCUAGCUAUGUUGACACAAAUCUAGAACUUUUCAGAGAAAAAAGGGUGCUGAUGUAUUGCACUGGGGGCAUCCGAUGUGAGCGCGGCUCAGCCUACCUGAAGGCCAAGGGAGUGUGUAAGGAAGUGUUCCAGCUCAAGGGUGGUAUCCACAAGUACCUGGAAGAGUUUCCUGAUGGUUUUUACAAGGGGAAGUUGUUUGUUUUUGAUGAGCGCUAUGCCCUGUGCUAUAACAGUGAUGUGUUAUCAGAAUGUUCAUACUGUGGAGCCCAGUGGGACCAGUAUAAACUCUGCUCCACUCCCCAAUGCCGCCAGCUUGUUUUGAUCUGUCCUGCCUGUCAAGGACAAGGAUUCACAGCCUGUUGUGUCACAUGUCAAGACAAAGGGGACAGGCAGGCUUCAGGCCCUACCCAGGACAGUUUUAAAGAGGAAUGUGAGUGUACAGCCCGAAGGCCACGCAUCCCAAGGGAAGUCUCACAGCAUGCGCAACUCUCUGUGAACCCUGCACCAGAGCCCAGUGUUGGUGAGGAUGGGUCUUUGCUUGUGUAAGUGACACUUUUAGCAUUCCCCAAGCCUUCUCAAAGUCAGUGGGGUGACUUUGUAUAAGAGAUUGUCAAGGCUACAGAAACAGAAAUCAGGAACUUCACUGUUGGUCAGUGCCAUUGUGGCACACUGGUCACCAUCAUGUUGACCACCUACACUUCACAGGGGCAAGGGAGAGAGUCAAAUUUUCAUCACUUACUGAAGCAUUCUAUUUCAGAAGGUGGUAGAUGGAAGAUGGGUAAGCUGAUGGAAUCCCAAAGCUUGUGAGGCAUAGUCUUAUGCCUGGUGAUUGUGUCACUCAUGCCCUCUCUGCCAUGCAGCAGGCUAUUAGUAGUCAUUGCCCUUGUCAGCAAACGUGUCCAUCCUGGGGCAAAACUGUGAAUCUUGGGCCCUCAAAAUGGGUUCCUAAACCAGGCCACUUAGGUCAUCUGCCAUCUUCCCCUUCCCUGCCUCUGUCUCUUCUCUGACUGCCUGAGAAGAUCUCAAUACUAGCAUUUGGCCCACCUCCUGCUUUUGUAAAAUUUAUCAGAAAAGACCUACAUACCUACUUCUUCCUAUAGGAUCUGGGGCACAACUGAAUAGCUGCAAUAGAGACCAUGGGCCCACAAAGUCUAAAAUAUUUAUUGCCUGGCCCUUUAUAGGAAAGUUUGCCAUCCCCUGGUCUAGAGCAACAGCUCAUCUGAUGGAGAUGCCCUUAAAGGUAUGGCCCAAGCUUCAUAAUUUACUUGAUUUGGUUUCUGUGAGAUUUCUCCUCACAGGCCUGCUUCCUCCAGUACUUACGCUCUCAGCUUUUAAAUGUUAUCUCUGAGAGAUCCAGAGAGGCUCGAUGGCACUGGCAUCUUAGGAGCAGUUUCUAGAUCAGUACCUGGAACACAGUUCGCUUUCUUAAUGAGAUCAUUCAGUACUACCACAGUGGCUGUCCAGCCUUCUGGUCAGCAUGCCAGGCACAUGUCCCUGUCACAUGGGUCCCAAGAAACACACAGCCACAAGUUGACCAACAGAUUUAAUAUUAUGUUGCAGUUUCCAGUGAUGCAGAAUGCAGCUGCAGUUGUGUUUCAAGGAGAAGCCGAGUGGGGAUGGCCAUCCCUGCAGCAUGGUGCCGCUCCUGGGCCCAUUUGCAGCCGCAGUAGACACUCUUCAUAGUGGUGAGGCCCUGGCUCCACCUCUAGUUACCCUGUACUGUCCACAUCUCUACAGUUCAGUGCACAAGAUUUUUCCUUCUUCAUCAGAAGCCUCCUAGUCUGUGUUCAUUAGCUCUUUGGCCUUGUCCUUUAUCACAAGAUUUGCUGAAUCCCUAAUAAAAAUAACUCCCCAAAGCAACAAACAAAAAUGUAAGUUAACUGGCACUGUGGUAUAUUAAAAGGCACAAGGGCAAUGUGGCUUAACCUUUUUGCCAACUCCCAAAAGAUGCCAUGUUGUUAAAAAAGAGGGGCAAAGGUCCAGUAGAAAUACCAAGAUUAUGUUUUAAGAAUAAUCAUCUUUUCAUAGCUUGGCCAGGAUUUCCCAGUUCUUUAAUAUCUUAAGUUUUCUGCACUGUUGUCCUUCAGAGGCUUCAUUUAUAUGCAUGAGAUCUUCAAUGAUUUGUCUAAUAAAUGAUGAGAUAGGUAGUUUAAGUCUGUAAGGUUGGCCAUAAUAAUAAGCAUCAUAUCCACAGUGGACUGGAAAUUCACCCCUCUAGUGUUUGGCCUUUCAUGAGCCAUUUGCCCACUAUGCUGUAUAGAAAGGUGUUUUCAAGUAUUUAGCCAGAAGUUCUCACAUCUGUCAUAAGGUUGGCAUUCAAUGAGGAAAAACUUCUUUCUGCUCCAGUAUUCAAUUGUACAUACAUCUCAAAUGUUCGUAAGUAACUCAGGAAUAUGUUUGUUGCCCAGGAGGGUUUUUGAAACUUCAAAUUUCACCAUUGCUUUUUUUUUUUUUUUUUUAACUUCAUAUCCAGCAAAAGGAAUUUGGUGUUUUUUGAUUCCUGGCAGAGCUCUGUGGCUUCGGUUUGUAUUCUUAAGGGGAAAAUUGUGGCUCUGAUCCAGUAAUCAAUUUGGCAACUUAUAAUCUUGAAGUUUUUAAAAUUUAAAGGAGGAUUAAUAAAGAGUGUUUAUUUGUUCCUUUUGCUAAAUAGCUAAGAUGAAAUUUGUAAUAAAGUAUUUAAUACUUGCAAA